GCCACCACGUCGUCCUGCUGCGCGUCGCGAAGAGCAGGGACUACGAGCGCUGCGAGCGCCGCCCCGGAUUCCGCCGCCCCUCCGCCCUCACCAACGCCCCCGCGUCUCUUUCAACUGAAGAAGUGAUAAUUCGAGGAAGUCUGUCAGAAUAUAUCGUCCAUUCAUCCACAAUAACAGACAAAAUCGUCAUGGAACAAUCUUCAUUUGGGCAGCCACAAGGUCUGAUAGAGAGUCAUCUCGGUAUCAAACUGAUUCGUUUAAAGGAAAGCCACAAACCCGCCGCACUUCUCGGUACUCUGCGCCAUGUCGAUCUGGUGUACCACGAAGAAGAUCCUUUUCUACCAGAGAAUUUCCGCAUUUCCAAAAGAGAAACUUCGGGAACUCCUGAUCAUGAGGGAUCAAAGGCUGAAGACAUCAAUGACGACAUUCAUUACGUCCAUAAAAGAGGAAAAGCUCUUGUGGAACUUGAAGAUGUUGCUGCACAAAAUGCAGAAAAUAAAAAUAAAUCGGUUACAUCCAGCAAGUUUCAUCCUCUAUUCAAUUCUAGUCGCCCAACAGGACCGGUAAUAUUGCCACUAGUACAUUCUCUUCAAUUAAUUGACCAACUUUCCUCCAAUGAUUCUUCUUUUGCUUUUCCUUUGGAACUUCCCCCAAAUAUUCCUAUCCGACCUUUCUUUCGAGGAAACAGCACAAUAAAAUUAAGCGACACAGAGAGAAAUGCAUUUGCUCGAAAUCUGGUUCAGAAAAUUAGCUCUGCUUUGCAAGACCCUAAUCAAAUGCCUGAUGUGCAUACCCUGAGUUCUUUUUCUAUCCUCGUGGAGAUACUAAGGACGUUCAGCUACAAUCAACUGAAAAAUCUCACUACAAACUAUGAAGCAGCACGAUCUUCUCAAAAUGCAGUUUCUGAAGAAGAUGAAUAUAAAUGGUAA